CAGGGUUUCAUGGGAACAAUGGCUGUUUGCGAUGGUGAAGCUUUGGCUUCUGUCCUUACUGUUUAGAAAGCUUCGAUUUUCAUUUGGAUUCUCUUUUGAUACCUGAAGUUGAACAAAGUCAUCUAAUUGAAACAAGUGAAAUACAGCAUUGGUAUACGCCCUUGGACUAAAGAAAUAUGCAGUUUAUCUCUCUCUUUUUUUAUUCAGUUACACUUUAGUAAUUGCACACGUGUAAAUAGGGUACUUUUUCUUCGCCGCCGUUAAGACAGCAGGGUCGCGUUAUUACAGUGUUGUUACAUUGUCAAGGCCAGUGAGGUAUUAGGAGCGGUGAUGUAGACCAAAACAUAAUCGGUGGUCUAAUGCCAUUUCAGAAACGGUCUCCUUUUUAAUGUUGGUUUGAUGUGUCGCAGCAGAGAGACAACGCAUACAACUGCCGGAAAGCGCACGAACAACAGUGUAAUCAUAGGAGCCACUUUUAAUCGAGCAACAGCUCUUACUUUAACUGAUUAUAAAACUAUUUGUUGAAAAGUCCAGUUAUUAAAGGUAUCGUGAUUUUGUUAAAAAUAAAUAAACUGUCGCAUCAGGGAUGGGUGACGAAGCCUGUGUCCAAAGUGUGCUGAGACUUGUGCAGGAAGGGCAGCUCUCCGCCGUUCAAGAUAAGUUUAGCGGAGAUCUGCAGUUGCAGAGCCUGGCCAAAAAGACGCACUUUGGCAAAUCUGGAGAUACGCUUUUGCAUUACGCAUGUAGAAGCGGGCACUUAGACAUGCUGAGGUUCUUCGUGGAGGAGAUUGGUUUCGAUACAGAAUUAGUGAACAGAGACUACAAAAGAGCCUUGCAUGAGGCAGCCUCAAUGGGUCAUGUGGACUGCGUGCGCUAUUUGACUGCUAGAGGUGCAAAGAUUGACAGUCUAAAGAAGGCGGACUGGACUCCCCUAAUGAUGGCCUGUGCCAAAAAAAAUUUGGAUGUCAUUAAAAAUCUGAUCAACCAUGGUGCUAACCCUGCCUUGAAAAACAAAGAUGGCUGGAACUGCUUUCACAUUGCUUGUCGGGAUGGUGACCCCUCCAUUGUCCAUUAUUUAAUUGAUACAUGUCCAGAGGUUUGGAAAACGAAGAGCAACACUUCUCGAACACCGCUGCAUACAGCAGCUAUGCAUGGCUGUGCAGAAGUGGUGAAUAUAUUGUUAGAUCGAUGUCACUUUGAAACAGAUGAUAGAGAUAGCUGUGGGAUAACUCCUCUGAUGGAUGCAUUAAGAAAUGGACAUAUUGGUGUGUCUGAAGUUCUCAUGAAGAAACACCAGGCCUCUUUUACAGCUUCUGACAAUCUGGGAACUAAAGCUUUACAACAUGCUGCAGUAACUGGACAGGACGGUGUGAUAUGUUACCUCGUUCAGCGUCUUGGAGUUAACAUUAAUGAGCAAGUGACUGAUAUCCAGCUUACUGCUUUACACCUGGCAGCUAAGGAAGGUCAUGUGGAUACAAUACAAACACUACUUUCUUUGGGAGCAGAUGUACAACUGAAAGAUGUUAAGGGGCGAACAGCACUACACAUGGCUUGUGCAGGGCAACAUGUGGACUGUGUGAACAUCCUGCUAGAGGCUGGCCUUCAAGACUGUGAAGAUAAUAUGGGAAUUCUAGCAAAACAUUUAGCUAAAAAACAAGAACUACUUACAUUUUUCGAUAAAUACACAGUGCAUCAGUACAUUUCUCCAGUUUAAAGUUACUUUUUUUCUGAAGCAAUCAAAAGAAAAAAGUGGAUUGCGUUUAAGAGACAAGAUUCUAUAAUAUUAUGUUUCCAGCUUUUACUUGCCAUAGACUAUAAUAUAAUAAUCAUUUUGUGAGUUUGGUGGCAUGGUGGUGCAGUGGUAGUGACGCUGCCUUGCAGUAAGGAGACCAGGGUUUGCAUGCCAGGUCUUCCCUGCGUGGAAUUUGCAUGUUCUCCCCAUGUCUGUGUAGGUUUCCUCAGGGUACUCUAGUUGAUUCACACAGCCCAAAAACUGUGGAUAGGUGGAUUGGAGAUACAAUAUUGCCCCUAGUGUGUGGGUAUAUGUGUUUGCUCUGUGAUGGACUGGCACCCUGCCCAGGGUUUGCUUCUAUUUUGCAUCCUAUGCUAGCUGGGAUAGGCACCAGCACCCCAAGCCCCCAAAACCCCCUCCCCUGCCCGCCAGCGACCAUGUUCAGGAUUAAGCAGGUUAGAAAAGGACUGACUUUGUGAGUGGACAGUAUGUUUAACUUCCAAAACAUUUCAGUAUGAUUUUAUAAUUUACUAUAUUUAAUAUAAUUUUCUUGAAAUAAUGAAUUUCCAAUGGAAAGGAGGUGUGUAUACAAGAUAUUCUUUACACUUUUGCAUUUCCCAUAUUUGCAGAUGUUAAAAGUGUCAGUGGCAACUGCCUGUGUGGACAAAGUUCAUCUAUAAUACAGCUUUUUAAUUAACAGUGGGUUAUGGUAACAAGCAGACUGUCAGCAACAUAUACUAUGUUACAAAUUUGCAAAAUCAGAAAGUUUUGACACAUCUUUUAAAGUGAACUGUAGUCAAGGUAUAAUUUUUCAUGUAUAAUUGGUAAAGCCAAAUAAGAUAUGGUAAUAAAUGGUGUCACUGAGUGAAGAA